CACAGAAUCAUAAAGGAUUGUUCUGAGUUCUCCCUGAUACUCGAAACUAAAGUCUCUGAAAUGGCGCCUCAGAUAGAAUCUGAAUCCGAAUCCACGUUUCCAAAUCCACGCCUCCCAGCUUAGAAAUCAUCGCGCCAUUCCUCAGAUUCUUGCUCAAUGGACUCACUCUAUGGCAAAAAUAAGUUGAACAUGCCAAAAGGCAAUGUUUCCACACUGAUGAUUCCAGCAAGGGGAAGUUUCAGUCCCUAUUCAUCUCAAGAGAGCCUCGUGAAGUACCUGCGUUCAAAUUCUCCAUCCAUCGGCAACAUUUCUUCUGGGAAGGGCAGCUUCAAGUCAUCUGUAUCACCAUUCUCAGAGAAUACACCAGUGAAGUUGGCGGAGGAUGAUGUGCUUGUUGUGGAUGGGAUCCUUGUUGCCUCUGAUUCUGGUGCUGGAGGAUCCCGUUCUUCUUCUUCUUCUUCUUCAGGAAGCGGUGCAUCAUAUAAGACAGAGAUUUGCAGGGCUUGGGAGGAUUUUGGGCAUUGCCGGUUCAGCUCUAAGUGUCAGUUUGCACAUGGAAAGGAAGAGCUGCGUCCAAAUCGUUUUCCCAUCAGGAACAAAUCCGAGACUCAGAUGUGCAAGUCAUAUGCAAGUACUGGAUCAUGCAUAUAUGGCCCAAAAUGCCACUUAAUCCAUCCUGUUAUCAUGGAAACAACAGCAGUGAUAUCUGAGAUGGACUCUGCUACCUCCCCUGCACACAACAAUCAGAAUCCAAGGGCCACAAUCAAGCCUGAGGGCUCAAGCAGCAUCCCCAACCCCACUGUGAAAUCUGACAGCACCUGCAUACCAGCCUCCUACUCCACGUACUCUACAAUCAAACCUAAAUUCUGCAAGAGCCCCAUCUCCAUAAAACCUGAGAUCUCUCCCAAAAUGGUCUCAAAUGUGAACAAUUGGUCUCCUGUAGAUGAUGGCAUUGAGGUUACCCUGCCUUCCCACCCAGACAAAGUCCCAUCAAGGAAAGAAACCAAUAUGUACAUCUAUAAGAUUCUCUAUGGCCUUUCUACAAGGAGGUUGCCUGUCUUUCAUGAAAUUUGUCUAGAUUGAUAUAGAUCACAUUGCUCGAGAUCUGCUUCUGCCUUCUAACAUAUGUGUCUCCACUUUGGAUCAAGGUAUAAUUUCUAGCUAUUUUUGGCAAGAACCACAAAAAUUUUUGGUUGGCCCUACUUCAUAUGGUACUUGCUCAAUACAUCUUGCAGCAUACUGUCAUGGAGAGAACAUAAAGAUUUAGCAUACAUGUAAAAGGGUCAUGUACCAAAACAAAAAACAAAAAAACCAUGUGAAAGGGUCUCAUAUAUCACAGUUA